AUGGCUGAAUCUCAAGUUGCGAAUAUCGUUAACGAAAUAUUGCGAGUGGAAGCGGUGGAGGAAGCUUUUAGUUGUUUUCUCGUGAACAAGCCGGAACAAGAAAAUGAGAGGUUAGCAAUGUAUCAGAAAAAACUUUGCGCUGUCAUGACAACCCUCAGUGCGGAUAUGCAGGAAUCUGCAAUCCGACAGUAUCUUACACUAACUGCAAUUUUGACAAAUCGGUACAAAAUGAAACAGCUGUUAACCCUCAUGGAGAAUUUGGUGAACACUAAUAUCUUGCAAGCACGAAUGUUGUGCGACUGUAUCCUAACCAGUGAGAAACUGGUAUAUCAAAAUUGUGAUUAUUGGAUAGAGUGCUUUAGUUUAAUCAGAAGGAUCAUUGGAGGAGUUGAUUACAAAGGGGUCAGAGAAAUUAUGAAGGGUUGCAGAGAAAAGGCACAUACGCUACCCAUGAAAUUAAAUUCUAGCAGCAUGCCGCAGUUGAAAGCCUUGUGUACAGUAAUUGAGUAUAUAUUUGACCGGAAUGCCUCACUAUUGCCUGCAUAUUUUAUUGUCACCGAAAUUCAGAAAGACUAUCCGGAUAACAAUCAUUGGCCACAUUGGCAACUCGCGAAACUAUUAACGAACUUCGUGGAGAGCUUCAAGCCCUGCGCCCAGAUGGUCUCCAUUAUUGGGCACUCGCACAUGUUGCCCGUCGUGGAGUUCUCCGGCUACGCGGACCAUCUAGUGAAUCCUUGGAGGCUGGACCCGACCACGCUGAAGUUUUCACUAAAGGGCAAUUUGCCGUACGAGGACGAGUUGUUGAAGCCGCAGAUUGAACUACUCCGCCACGUCCUGCAGCAGCCGUACUCCAGGGACAUGAUGUGCUCGAUGCUGGGCUUGCAGAAGCAGCACAAGCAGCGGUGCAUGGCGCUCGAGGAUCAACUAGUCGAAUUGAUGAUCCUGCCUAUGGAGAAGAGCGAACUGGAGGGCGAGGACGAGGAAAUGUCCUCCACCCACUGGUGCUGGUUACACUUGUCCUCGCAAGUCAUCUACAUAAUCCUCAUAGGCUUCGCCGGUUUCCCCAACAUAGUGAUGGGCCUCCACAACAAGCUCAUCGGGCACGACAUGAAGAAGGGCCGCGACCAUCUAAUGUGGGUGCUACUCCAGUUCAUAUCGGGCAGUAUCCAAAGGAAUCCACUUUCGAACUUCCUGCCAAUCAUCAAGCUGCAUGAGCUGCUGUAUCCGGAGAAGGAGCCCCUCCCCGUCCCCGACUGCACAAGGGCCCACUGCACCCACCAGAUGGCGGUGGUGUGCAUCUGGAUGCAUCUGCUGAAGAAAGCCGAAACCGAACACAAGACCAUGUCUAUGCCGCAGAACUUGAAGGUGCAAUAUGAGUUCCUGCAGCACCUGAUGACGUCGAACAACACGCCCACCCUCACGGGGUCCGACUACCGCAUAGCGCUGCUGUGCAACGCGUACUCCACCAACCAGGAGUACUACGCCAGGCCGAUGGGCAUCAUAAUAGAGACGCUGUUCGGCAGCCAGAAGCCGCUGACGAACGGCGCGCCCGCCGCUCCCUUGCCGACCGUUCCACUCUCCAUGUGCAUACUGGACAGCCUGACUCUGCACUGCAAGAUGUCCCUGAUCCACUCGAUAGUGACCCACGUGGCCAAGCUGGCGCAGAACAAGGCCAACUUGCCGGGCAGCAACAAUAUGGCGCCCGCCCUGGUGGAGACCUACAGCCGCCUGCUGGUCUACACGGAGAUCGAGUCGCUGGGCAUCAAGGGAUUCAUCAACCAGCUGUUGCCCACCGUGUUCAAGUCCCACGCGUGGGGCAUCCUGCACAACCUGCUGGACAUGUUCUCCUACCGCAUCCACCACAUCCAGCCCCACUACAGGGUGACGCUUCUCUCACACAUACAUUCGCUGGCCGCCUGCCCUCAGGCCAACCAGACGCAGUUGCAGCUGUGCUUCGAGAGCACGGCGCUCCGUCUGAUCACCAGCCUCGGCAGCUCCGGGGUGCAGCUGCAGAUGUCGCGCGUGGUCUCCGAGCCCAAGUCCCUGGUCUCGGCGGACAGCGAGGAGCUGAACCGCGUUCUGGUGCUGACCCUGGCGCGCGGCAUACACAUGGCGGGCGCCGGCAGCGAUGGUGCAGCCGUCAAAGAGCUUCUGACCACUAUAAUGACCAACACGCCCCACAUGUGGUCACAGCACACCAUACAGUGUUUCCCGCCUGUGCUCGUCGAGUUCUUCGCCCAGAACCCGGCGCCUAAGGAGAACAAGCAGCUGCUUAAGAAGUUCGUGGACGAGGAGUACAGGAAGUGGUCCUCAAUGGCCAACGACAACGACAUAGUGUCCCACUUCUCCGCCCCGGGAACGCCCCUCUUCCUUUGCCUGCUCUGGAAGAUCAUCUUCGAGACGAACCGGAUCAACCCUAUCGCUUUCAAGAUCCUGGAGCGUAUCGGAGCCAGGGCACUGUCCGCGCACCUUCGCAAGUUCUGCGACUACCUGAUGUACGAGGUGACCAACCCGGCGGGCAGCCCGCACAUCAACAAGUGCGUGGACGCCAUCAACGAUAUCGUUUGGAAGUACAACAUCGUCACCAUCGACCGCCUCGUGCUGUGUCUCGUACUGCGCCCGAACUUGGACGGCAACGAGAGCCAGGUGUGCCUGUACAUCAUCCAACUGCUACUCCUGAAGGGAUCCGAGCUGAGGAAUAGGGCGCAGGACUUCGUCAAGGAGAACUCGCCCGAGCACUGGAAGCAGAACAAUUGGUACGACAAGCACCUGACCUUCCACCGCAAGUACCCGGAGAAGUUCGCCCCGGAGGAGGCGGGCGGCGCCUACGGGGGCUCCAUCCCGGUGUACCUGAGCAACGUGUGCCUCCGCUUCAUACCGGUGCUGGACGUGGUGGUCCACCGCCACCUGGAGAUACCGCAAGUGAGCAAGAACCUCGAGCAGCUGCUGGAGCACAUCGGCUACCUUUACAAGUUCCACGAUCGGCCGGUGACGUUCCUCUACAACACGCUGCACUACUACGAGUCGAAGCUGAGCGACAAGCCGCUGCUCAAGCGGAAGCUGGUGCAGGCGGUGCUCGGCUCGCUGAAGGAGGUGCGCCCCGCCGGCUGGGCCACCACGGAGGCCUUCCAGGCCUUCCUGGCCAAGCCUGACGCGGAGGCGACAAGCUGGGCGCCCGACCUCAACUACUACCUGGCCCUCGUCAACCGCAUGGUGGACACUAUGACUGGCCAGUCGCACUUCCCGACCACCGACUGGCGGUUCAACGAGUAUCCGAACCCGUCUGCGCACUCGCUGUACGUGACGUGCGUCGAGCUGAUGUCGCUGCCGCUGCCGCCGGCGCUGGUCGGCAACUGCAUGCUGGACGUGGUCACGAAGGGCUUCGUGGUCAUACCGCCGACCAAAAUCCAGCUCUGGAUCAACGCGAUAGGGCUGAUAAUGGCGGCGCUGCCGGACCCCUACUGGGGCGUGCUCCACGACAGGGUGCUCGAGCUGGCGGCCGGCGAGGAGAUGGCCGAGUGGCCGUUCAGCCACACGCCCUUCCAGAUAUUCAACAUGAAGGCCACCAGCGAUGCGAUGCUCGAGAACAAGUACAGCCUGACGCUGGCGCUGGCGCACGCGAUCUGGUACCACGCUGGCGCUGGGCAGAUCAUGCAGGUGCCCGUGUUCGUGAAGGAGAAGAUGGCGCCGGAGAUCCGCACCGAGAACCAGCUGCUGUUCCUGUGUCACCUGGUGGGGCCGUUCCUGCAGCGCUUCAACACGGACCUGUCGCGCGCCGUGAUGGACCUCACCCUGGUCCUGUACGAGCUGCUCGCCAGCAUAGACAAGGCGCAGCCCCACCUCAACUACAUCGACCCGAUAUGCGACCUGCUCUACCACAUAAAAUACAUGUUCGUCGGCGACACCAUGAAGAACGAAGUGGAGAGCGUGAUAAGGAAGCUGCGACCCUCGCUGCAGAUGCGUCUCCGCUUCAUCACCCACCUAAACGUGGACCAGAUAAACACCGCC